AUCCCGUCGGUUCGUAUGGGACUCAGGCACUCGACGCGGUGUCUGCUCCUGCGCAGAAAGAUGGCGGAGGCUGACAGCUCUGAGAAGCAGCAGCAGAGGCAACAGGUCAAAGACGGCGCCCCCUCAUCGCAGCCUCUACAGUUACAAUCUGUACUUAAACCGAUGGCCUCGGUUCAUCAUGUUCCUCGUCCUCCUCAUAUCCCACAUGUUUCAGCACUAUCAACAUGCCCUGGACGUGGAAAAAUGGCCAAGCUUCUUAACCCAGAGGAGAUGACUUCGCGUGAUUACUAUUUUGACUCAUACGCCCACUUUGGCAUCCACGAGGAAAUGCUAAAGGAUGAGGUGAGGACACUGACCUACAGAAACGCUAUGUAUCAUAAUAAACACAUCUUUAAGGACAAGAUCGUUCUAGAUGUGGGCAGCGGGACGGGAAUCCUUUCCAUGUUUGCUGCUAAGGCGGGGGCCAAACACGUCUAUGGGAUUGAAUGCUCAAGUAUAUCAGAAUACUCUGAGAAAAUAAUCAAGUCCAACCACCUGGAUAACGUUAUUACCAUCUUCAAGGGAAAAGUGGAGGAGACAGAACUGCCUGUUGAUCAGGUGGACAUUAUUGUCUCUGAGUGGAUGGGCUAUUGUCUUUUCUAUGAAUCCAUGCUGAAGACUGUCAUAUAUGCCAGAGACAAGUGGCUAAAACCUGGAGGGUACAUGUUCCCAGAUAAAGCAACAUUAUAUGUGGUGGCCAUAGAGGACAGACAAUAUAAAGACUUUAAAAUCCAUUGGUGGGAGAAUGUUUAUGGUUUUGAUAUGACCUGCAUUCGUAAUAUUGCCAUGAUGGAACCGCUGGUUGAUAUUGUGGAUCCAAAACAAGUCGUGACCAACGCUUGCCUUAUUAAGGAGGUGGACAUCUACACAGUAAAACUACAAGAUUUAAUCUUCACAUCAGCAUUUUGCCUACAGAUCCAGAGGAAUGACUACAUCCAUGCCCUCGUCACCUAUUUCAACAUCGAGUUUACCAAGUGUCACAAGAAGACGGGCUUCUCCACAGCUCCUGAUGCUCCUAGCACUCACUGGAAGCAGACAGUGUUUUAUCUGGAGGAUUAUCUGACUGUUCGGAGAGGGGAGGAGAUCCUGGGCAGCAUCGCUGUGAAACCCAAUGAGAACAAUGAGCGUGACUUGGAUUUCACCUUCGAGUUGGAUUUUAAAGGACAACUUUGCGAUGCAGCAAUUUCUCACGACUAUAAAAUGCGGUAGGACCACAGGAGGGAGACGUUUACCUAAACACUCAGCCAACAACAGCGGGUUCUGAACCCAGCACUCCUACAUGCUGAUAACAGAGACUGGGAUGAUAAUACAGACCUAACGUGGUGCCAUCGGUGUGAAUGAAGCACAGAGCAGUAGUGCCAUCACUCCUCCUGUUCUUUAUAAGAGAGCGUUCAUGUCACUCUGAAUGUAACUGUUUACGAGCUGAGAAUAUUUAUUUACUACUUUAUUUUAACCAGUAAAUAUCAGGAAGCAUGGCAGCUAGUAGUGUUUAAAAGUAUCUAUGAAAAAGUGUGAUGAUAAAAGAGUUGUACACAUUAAGAUUUAUUUUAAUAGAAGCAUGGAUAAAAUGUGUUUAUUAUCAUUUCAUUAUUUAUUUGUGGUAAAUUUAGAUGUUCUUUUUUCAGGAAUUAUAUAACUAGUCUUGUUUAUUCUUCGUUCCCUUUUAAAUGCUGUGUUCAAUAUGAUUUGCAUUUUAAACAUUUUCAUUUUUAAACUUGAGAGAAUACGAGUGGUAAAUAAUACAAAUGAGUAAAGAAUAUUGGUUUUAA